GUAAUACACGAGUAUUGUAUUAAUUCAAUUAAAACCAAAAACAACUUACAAUCACCCUUAAUUAAUAAUUAUACAACCAAUUACCUAUUUGCAGUAAAUCGAUUAAUUAAUUAACUCAAUAAUAUUAUACGUCCUAAACCCCAACUGCUACGAAGCAGAAUAUGGUCCCACUUAUAUGCAACCUAACUACAGUUAAAUUCGAGACCACACCACAUCUUACACUGCGCCAGCACACACGUUCGACAAACCAUUUUCUUCUUACACGUCGCGACCGCCACGCGCCCCCUGCACCAGUUCUCCCGCGCGUCAAAGUCACCGCCCAACCAGAUCUGCCCCAAAUCCAAUCACAACUCUGAUUUCUUCUUCUCUGAUUUCUUCUUCCCCUCAGAGCACAAAACACCCAACAAUGGCUGCCCACUGAAAAAAAAAAAUAAAAUACCCACAUAUGAGGAGGCGACUAAGGAAUUCAUCGCAUUCUCCAGUACAUUAAUUCCGAGAAAAAAACAGAAAUCAAGAAAAAAAGAUGGAUUCGGAGCUUAAAGUCCUGACUCCACAGUCCGCUGCCCGGCAGCCCGAGCCCGACGACAGCCCCCUCCUCAAUCGGGAACCGAAAACCCCCGACACUCCGACGCAGAUCACGCUGAGCUUCGAGGAAUUGGAGAAGAAGUACGCCCCAUAUGUCCGGCACGACGCGUACGGCAUCAUGGGGCGCGGCGAAUUGACGUGGUCGGAAAACUUCUUGCUCGGCAUGGGUUUGGUGUUCUUGGUUCCGAUUAGGGUCGUGGCGGGGACGGCUAUACUGGUGUUCUAUUACAUGAUCUGUAGGGUUUGUACGGCGUUUAUGGCGCCGAACAGGGAGGACGAGCAGGAGGAUUACGCGCACAUGGGCGGCUGGCGGAGGGCCGUGAUUAUGCAGAGCGGUAGAUUUUUGUCGAGGGCUUUGCUGUUUGUUUUCGGGUUCUACUGGAUAGCUGAAACCAGUAGGAGCAAUGUGGAUGAAGGGCACCUGGAUAAUGAUGAGAGUGCAUCUGAGAAUCAAUCUAAAGAAUUGGAAAGACCUGGGGCUAUCAUAUCAAAUCAUGUUUCCUACAUAGAUAUUCUAUAUCACAUGGCUACCUCUUUCCCAAGCUUUGUUGCUAAGAGAUCUGUGGCUAAACUUCCUCUUGUUGGUCUCAUAAGUAAAUGUCUUGGUUGUAUCUAUGUACAGCGAGAGUCAAAAUCAUCAGACUUCAAGGGUGUUUCAGGUGUUGUCAAUGAAAGAAUUCGAGAAGCUCAUCAAGAUAAGUCUGCUCCAAAGAUGAUGCUUUUCCCAGAAGGUACAACCACCAAUGGAGACUAUCUUCUUCCAUUCAAGAGUGGUGCAUUUCUGUCAAAAGCUCCAGUUCUUCCUGUUAUUUUAAGAUAUCCUUAUCACAGAUUUAGUCCUGCAUGGGACACCAUAUCCGGGGCCCGUCAUGUGGUUCUUCUUCUCAGUCAGUUUGUAAAUUACAUUGAAGUGACACGAUUACCUGUGUAUCAUCCCUCAGAACAAGAAAAGCAAGACCCUAGGCUAUAUGCAGAAAAUGUUCGAAACCUGAUGGCUCGUGAGAUACUGGAAGAAGAAAGAAGCCUAUCUAAUGGUGGUGGACUUUGCAGCUUUCACUUUGUUCAAGUACUG